GUAUCUCGCAAGCGAUCUGCAGACGGCUCAUAGCUUUGUAUCGAAGCUAGUUCCAUGAGCUCCUUCUCCGAAGGUAUCGAAGCUAGUUCCAUGAGCUCCUUCUCCGAAGCUAGUUCAAUGUCAAGUAUCGAGCCAGCGAGCGAGAGGACCAGGAGAAGAGAAGGCGCAUGAUGUUCCUGGGGUUCGUCUGCCUGCUGCUUUUCUUGCUUCUCCUGCUGGGACUGUACUUGGUCUUCAGCAGCCAGGGUGGUGCCGAAGAAGAAAGCGAUGAGGGCAAGACACAAGCGGCUCAUUACGCAUCUGGUAAUCCAUCCUCGCCAUCGACCGGUUCCAGAAAGCCUCUGCCCACAGAAAAAGCCAACGAUCCCACGCGUGCGCCGCCUACGCCACCCGCUACUCAUUCGACGACUGUUAAGAGGACCGUGAAAAUCACCACUCCGAGGAAGACCACUACGACGCGGAAACCCUCUACGGGCUACGGAUACACGGUAUGCACCAUCGGCCGUGCGGGAUAUGACGCCACCAUGAUACCAAUCAACGAGGAACUUUGCGAGAUUGUCAUCUAUACCCACGUAUAUGUCGACCUCAAGAAUUCAACAUCAAUAUCCACUACAGGAAGGGUGUCCUACCUCACGUUUCAGAAGGUAGGGCUUCAUGACUUGCUUCAUCAACGUCUCCUCAACAUCCGGUGGAGGUGCUCUGCCUUCAUGUACCGGACGCCCCCACAAAGCCGUGACCCAAGCCCGAACGCGGAAGACAACAGCAACGUCGCCAUGAACCCGCGAGGUAGCCGCAGGCUGCAAGGGCUGCCCCCGGCGCACGUGCUUUUAUCUGAAACGACCACGAAGAUUGUCUCCAAGUCAACACCAAUGGCAGCAGCAGCGUCCCCCAUCGUGCUACAACAGCCCAGGGAACCACCGACCUUACAUGGAUGA